AUGACCAAUAUCUACAAGACCACGACAUUUGUUUCGCUCUAUCAAGCAUCGGAGAGUAUCUACAGGCAAUUCGACAAGGUUAUGGUGAUUGACAGCGGCCGGCAAGUCUUCUUCGGUCCCGCGGGAGAGGCGCGAAAGUACUUUGAGGAUCUUGGGUACAAGGAGAAGCCUCGUCAGACCACACCCGAUUACCUUACUUCAUGCACCGACCCUUUCGAACGAGAGUAUAAAGAAGGUCGCGACUCUACCAAUGUCCCAUCGACGCCGGAGGCACUCGCAUCAGCUUUUGACGAGUCCGUCUUCAACCAGAAGCUUUCCGAAGAAAUGGACACCUACCGAAAGCAGAUUCAGCACGAAAAGCAAAUUCAUAAAGAUUUCGAGAUUGCCAACCAAGAAGCCAAGCGCAAAUAUACGUCGAAGUCAUCGGUCUACCUCAUCCCGUUUUACCUACAAGUCUGGGCCCUCAUGAAGCGCCAAUUCUUCAUCAAGUGGCAGGAUAAAUUUGCUCUCAACGUCUCUUGGAUUACUUCUACUGGUGUUGCAAUCAUUCUGGGAACAGUCUGGCUUGACCUACCAAACACUAGUGCUGGUGCAUUUACAAGAGGUGGUCUCCUUUUCACCAGUUUCCUCUUCAAUGGAUUCCAAGCAUUUUCGGAGCUGGCCUCUACUAUGAUGGGGCGAGCGCUGGUGAACAAACACCGGCAAUUUACCUUUUACAGGCCAAGCGCCUUGUUCAUUGCUCAGAUCUUCGUCGAUGCUACAUUUGCGAUUGCUCGAAUUCUCGUCUUCAGCAUCAUUGUGUACUUCAUGUGUGGUCUAGCUCGGGAUGCGGGCGCGUUUUUCACUUUUGUCCUGCUUGUGUUCACCGGGUACAUCAACAUGACUGUCAUCUUCAGAACUAUCGGCUGUCUGUCGCCAGCGUUUGACCACGCCUUGAACUUUGUCUCUGUUCUUAUCACUUUGUUUAUCUUGACGUCUGGUUAUCUAGUUCAGUGGCCAAGCGCACAGGUCUGGUUACGAUGGUUCUACUACGUCAACCCGUUCGGACUGGGUUUUGCAAGCUUGAUGGUCAAUGAAUUCAAGGGCCUCAACAUGACCUGCACCAGCGAGUCUCUGAUUCCGAAUGGAGAGGGCUACAAUGACAUGAGCCACCAGGUCUGCACGCUAGCUGGUGGUGAAGCUGGUUCUCCGAUCAUUCCUGGUGCAAAUUACCUUGCCACAACGUUCAACUACCGCAGAGAAGAUCUGUGGCGGAACUUUGGUAUUAUGAUGGCCCUGAUUGUUGUUUUUCUUGCAAUGAAUCUGUACUUUGGUGAAGUGGUCCGGUUUAAUGCAGGCGGCAAGACUGUCACUUUCUACCAGAAGGAGAAUGCCGAGCGGAAAUCCUUGAACGAGGCUCUGCAAGAAAAACGAACCAACCGUCGACCGGAGGACUUGAGCGCUUCUGAAGACAAUAUUUCGCUUACUUCGAAGUCGGUCCUGACCUGGGAAGACGUUUGCUACGAUGUGCCUGUCCCGUCGGGUACCCGUCGUUUGCUGCACAAUGUCUAUGGUUAUGUUCAACCCGGCAAACUGACUGCUCUGAUGGGUGCAUCUGGUGCAGGUAAAACGACUUUAUUGGAUGUUCUUGCAGCGAGAAAGAACAUCGGCGUAAUUGGUGGUGACAUCUUGGUGGACGGUGCAAAGCCUGGUACAUCUUUCCAGCGAGGUACUUCAUACGUGGAACAGAUGGAUGUGCACGAGCCGAUGCAAACUGUUCGCGAGGCAUUGCGCUUCUCCGCCGACCUGCGUCAGUCGUAUGAUGUACCGCGGUCUGAGAAAUAUGCGUACGUUGAGGAGAUUAUCUCACUGUUGGAACUGGAAAACCUUGCCGACGCUAUUAUUGGAACAACCGAGACAGGUCUAUCUGUUGAAGAAAGAAAGCGAGUCACUAUUGGCGUCGAGCUAGCUGCAAAACCUGAGAUGCUUCUAUUCCUUGACGAACCUACAUCUGGACUUGACAGUCAAUCUGCCUUCAACAUUGUGCGCUUCUUGCGCAAGCUCGCUGCUGCUGGACAGGCCAUCCUAUGUACCAUCCACCAGCCAAAUUCGGCGCUUUUCGAGAACUUUGAUAGGCUCCUUUUGCUGAAGAGCGGAGGGCAGUGUGUGUACUUUGGUGAUAUUGGUCAAGACUGCCAGACGUUGAUUAACUAUUUCCGCCGCAACGGGGCAGAGUGUCCUCCUGAUGCGAAUCCCGCCGAGUGGAUGCUCGACGCAAUCGGCGCUGGCCAAUCGCGCCACCUAGGAAACCGUGAUUGGGUUGAGUUCUGGAGAGAAUCCCCAGAACUGGAGCAAGCUAAGCGAGAAAUCGUCGAGAUCAAGGCCAAACGCGCGGAGGAAGCCAGGCAGAACCAUGCCGACAAGGUAGAAGACGAAUACGCCACGCCGCUGUGGCACCAGAUCAAGGCCGUCUGUAAGCGGACCAACAUUGUCUUUUGGCGCUCUCGCAAAUACGGAUUCACGCGGCUUUUUACCCACGUCAGUAUCUCCCUGAUUACAGGUCUUGCGUUCCUGCAGCUCGAUGAUUCGCGAGCUUCGCUGCAGUACCGUAUAUUCGUCCUGUUCAAUGUCACCAUUAUCCCCAUCAUCAUCAUUCAACAGGUCGAGCCUCGGUACGAAAUGUCCCGCAUAAUCUUCUAUCGGGAAGCCGCGUCCAAAACAUACAAGAACUUUGCAUUUGCAGUGUCCAUGGUGUGUGCUGAACUCCCGUACUGCCUGAUUUGUGCAGUCCUCUUCUUCCUGUUCCUGUACUAUAUUCCAGGCUUCCAGACGGCCAGUGAUCGAGCCGGCUACCAGUUCUUCAUGGUCGUGAUCACUCAACUGUUUGCCGUGACGCUAGGCCAGAUGAUCCAAGCCCUGACCCCAAACACCAUGAUUGCAUCGCAGCUCAACCCACCCAUUACUAUCUUGUUCAGUUUGUUCUGCGGAGUCAUGGUUCCCAAGCCGCAGAUGCCGAAAUUCUGGCGAGCGUGGUUCUAUGAGCUAGACCCGUUCACCCGCAUCAUCAGUGGUAUGGUCACGACGGAGCUGCACCAACGACCUGUCGCCUGCACUGCUGGAGAGUUCAACCGCUUCCAAGCCCCACUCGGUCAGACAUGUGGUGAAUACAUGCAGGCAUUCUUCGACAGAGGCGGCAUUGGCUACCUGGCCAAUAAUGCGACUCGGGAUUGCGAAUACUGCGCGUACAAGGUCGGUGACGAAUACUACCAAGCCUUUGAGAUGAGCUUCAACGACAGGUGGAGGGAUAUGGGUAUAUACGCGGCGUUUGUGGGGUCGAACCUAAUUAUAUUGUUCCUCGCUGCGCGCUAUCUUAACUUCAACCGACGAUAG